UGAAGCGCCAGCGCCUCGGAGUCCCGCUGAACUUCGUUUCGGAGUCUGAACCAUGGAGAACAGAAGAUCUCACUGGGAGUGGUGCAAACAUUGUGCAAUACGCGAAUAGGACAUGUUAUUUGUGUGAAGUUAUAAUGCAGCUGCGCACGGUCCCUGCUGCUGCUGACCUCAGUGAAGUGUUGAAGAGAAAGUCGCACAGACAGUGAUAACGGAGACCGGACACACACAGGACAGACCCGCAGAAUAAGAGUGGGACUGCGAUACUGGAGGAGAGAUGGGGAACGCAGGGAGCUUGAACCAACACACGGACCCCAGAGGACACCACAUGCCCCUCAAACUGCCCAUGCCCGAGCCGGCCGAGCUGGAGGACAGAUUUGCGCUCGUCCUGAACUCAAUGAACCUGCCUCCAGACAAAGCAAGAUUACUACGACAGUACGACAACGAGAAGAAAUGGGAACUCAUUUGUGACCAGGAACGAUUCCAGGUGAAGAAUCCUCCUCACACAUACAUCCACAAGCUGCAGGGUUAUCUUGACCCAGCCGUGACCAGGAAGAAGUUCAGGAGGAGAGUGCAGGAGUCGACGCAGGUCCUGCGGGAGCUGGAAAUCUCAUUACGGACCAAUCACAUAGGGUGGGUGCGGGAGUUUCUGAAUGAAGAGAAUAAGGGUUUGGAUGUGUUGGUGGAGUAUCUGUCAUUUGCACAGUAUGCUGUCACGUAUGACGGUGACAGUUCUGAGAGCAGCACAGAAAACUCUGUGGAUAAAUCCAAACCCUGGAAUCGAUCGAUUGAAGAUCUCCACGGAGGAAACCACCUCUCAUCAGCUGUCACAGGCAGCAGCAUCUCCAGAGCCAGCAGACAUUCAACCAUAAGGUCUAACACGUUACCCAGCCGGAGGACACUGAAGAAUUCCAGAUUAGUGUGUAAGAAAGACGACCUUCAUGUGUGUAUCAUGUGCCUACGAGCCAUCAUGAACUACCAGUAUGGCUUCAACAUGGUCAUGUCUCACCCUCAUGCUGUGAAUGAAAUUGCACUAAGUCUGAACAAUAAGAAUCCCAGAACUAAAGCUCUGGUUCUGGAGCUGCUGGCUGCUGUGUGUCUGGUUCGAGGAGGUCACGAGAUCAUUCUCUCCGCCUUUGAUCAUUUUAAAGAGGUGUGUUUAGAAGAUCAGCGGUUUGAGAAACUCAUGGAGCAUUUCAAGAAUGAAGAUAACAACUUUGACUUCAUGGUUGCAUGCAUGCAGUUCAUAAACAUUGUGGUUCAUUCUGUGGAAGACAUGAAUUUCAGAGUGCACUUACAGUACGACUUCACCAAGCUGGGUCUGGACGAGUAUCUGGACAAACUGAAGCACACCGAGAGCGAUAAGCUGCAUGUGCAGAUUCAGGCGUACCUGGAUAACGUGUUUGAUGUGGGGGCUCUGUUAGAGGACGCAGAGACCAAGAACGCAGCGCUGGAGAGAGUGGAGGAGCUGGAGGAGAACAUGUCUCAUCUGACGGAGAAGUUGCAGGACACAGAGAACGAGGCGAUGGCAAAAAUCGUUGAGCUGGAGAAACAACUGAUGCAAAAAAAUAAAGAGCUGGACUCUGUCCGGGAGGUGUAUAAAGACGCCAGCUCUCAGGUGCACACCCUGCGGAGGAUGGUGAAGGAGAAGGACGAGGCCAUUCAGAAACAGAGCAACCUGGAGAAGAAGAUCCACGAGCUGGAGAAACAGGGAACCAUCAAGAUCCAGAAGAAAGCGGACGGGGACAUUGCCAUCCUGACGCCCCCUCCACAGGGGAACGGGCAUCUGCCAGGGUCACAGGGCGUAGCUGGGGGGUCCAGUGAGGGGGCGGCACAGGGCCUGACCGUGCCUGAUCCUCCACCGCCCCCUCCACCUCCUCCAAUGCCAGAGACACUCCCAAACGGUCCAUCCGCUCCUCCUCCUCCUCCUCCUCUCCCCGCUGUGGAUAUAUCUGCCCCUAUGCCCCCUCCGCCGCCCCCCAUGGCUCCUCCACUUCCAGGCUGUGGAUCUCCCACCGUCAUCAUGAACUCAGGACUGGCAGAGGGACCCAUCAAACUGUGCUCUGUGAAGAUCAAGAAACCCAUCAAGACUAAGUUUCGUAUGCCGGUGUUUAACUGGGUGGCGCUGAAGCCCAAUCAGAUCAACGGCACUGUGUUCAACGAGAUCGAUGACGAACGAAUCCUGGAGGAUCUGAAUGUGGAUGAGUUUGAGGAGAUGUUUAAGACGAAAGCACAGGGGCCUGCCAUAGACAUCACCUCCAGCAAACAGAAGACCUCUCAGAAAGGACCAUGUAAAGUCUCGCUGCUGGACUCCAACCGAGCCAAAAACCUGGCCAUCACGCUCAGAAAAGUGGGCAAGACAUCAGAGGAGAUCUGCAGAGCCAUUCAGAUGUUUGACCUGCGGACGCUCCCGGUGGAUUUCGUGGAGUGUUUGAUGAGGUUCGUUCCGACGGAAGCGGAGCUGAAAGUUCUCCGUCAGUACGAGAAGGAGCGCAAACCUCUGGAGAACCUGACGGAUGAGGACCGCUUCAUGAUCCACUUCAGCAAGAUCGAGCGUCUCAUGCAGAAGAUGACCAUCAUGGCGUUCGUGGGCAACUUCACAGAAAGUGUUCAGAUGCUCACUCCCCAACUUCACGCCGUUAUUGCAGCGUCUGUCUCCAUCAAGUCCUCACAAAAGCUCAAGAAGAUCCUGGAAAUCAUCUUGGCUCUGGGAAACUACAUGAACAGCAGUAAACGAGGAGCGGUGUACGGCUUCAAACUGCAGAGCUUAGACCUGUUAUUAGACACUAAAUCAACAGACCGCAAGAUGACUCUCCUGCACUAUAUCGCAAAUGUAGUGAAGGAUAAAUACCAGCAGGUGUCGCUCUUCUAUAAUGAGCUGAACUAUGUGGAGAAAGCUGCAGCAGUGUCUCUGGAGAAUGUGUUAUUAGACGUGAAGGAGCUUCAGAGAGGGAUGGAUCUGAUGAGGAGAGAGUACAGCAUGCACGGCCACAACACACUGCUCAGAGAUUUCAUCCAGCAAAAUGAGAAUAAACUCAAAAAACUCCAGGAUGACGCCAAGAUCGCUCAGGAUGCCUUCGAUGAAGUGGUGAAAUUCUUUGGAGAAAACGCCAAAACAACACCGCCGUCCGUGUUUUUCCCAGUGUUUGUGCGCUUUGUGAAAGCAUACAGGCAAGCAGAGGAGGAUAAUGAACAGAGGAAGAGACAGGAGCAGAUGAUGAUGGAGAAGCUGAUUGAGCAAGAAGCUAUGAUGGCGCUAGAGGAUCAGAAGUCUCCCUCUCACAAGAGUAAGCGUCAGCAGCAGGAGCUGAUUGCGGAGCUGAGGAAGAAGCAGGUGAAGGACAGCAGACAUGUGUAUGAGGGUAAAGACGGAGCCAUUGAGGACAUCAUCACAGUGCUGAAGACUGCCCCCUUUACUGCGCGCACGGCCAAACGCAGCUCGCGUUACUUCAACGAGGAGCUCCACUUCUAAAGCUUAGACUCUCUCUCUCUUAAAGAUCUGAGAAACCAGCCUUACAGGCGUGCUGACGCUGUCAGAAGGAGCAUUCGAAGACGUUUUGAUGAUCAGAAUUUGCGACCAAUGAACAAUGCAGAGAUGGUCAUGUGACAAGGGCAGAGUGGAUGUGAUUGGAUGGGCUGAAGGAGUGGAGGAGGAGCUAAUGAAGGACUGAUGAAGAUAACAGCCGGUCUGAAAACCAAGUGCCUACAUUUAACAUCUGUCCCAUCAGGUGUUGAAUCAUACAUGUUUUAGUCAUUGUCUUCUGUCUGUGAAUUUUUAUAUGACAAAUGAUGUCUUGAUCUGUCAUUUAUCUUAUUCCGCUUCAGUUGUAUGGUGAGAUCAGUGUUUUCUUGAGAAGGUGUCUGAAUGUAAAACAGUUUAAGUAUCAUGAACUUGUACGAUUGUUUCUUACAUUCCAGUGCUUUUGCCAUGAAUCAAAACCUACCAGGUUUCCCAAAUCUACUGGUCUGUCUUAAGAAAGAAAUCCUGUAGUGUCUGUCAGAGCCUGUUUAAUUGUGCCGUUCUUGUGUAACAAACGAAACAAAAAACAAAGAUAGAGCCAAACAGAAUGAAAUACAGGUUAAGAAUCAUUUGAAAUGUUUAAAAAAUUGUGUAAGAGUUAGUAAAAAUGUGUUGAUGGCUUGACAUGCUGUAGGGUGCAACUCAGUGGACACAAUAAUGACAUUCCUGAUUUGAAGGUAUUUAAAUGUGUUGUUCCCAAGACCCACACCUGUGUCUUGGCCACUUGAGAGCAUGUGUAAACAACAGGAAGUACACAAGACUAUCCCAGGUCUGAAAAUGCCAAAGCUACAAUUAAAUUGUUGUCUGAACAGUCAUUUACAAGUUUGUGCUUCAAAUGCAAAGUAUUGAAAAUCCAAAUGUGUAAAUAAAGCUCUGUAAAAACUUUGAAUUCAGGAAAUCUCACCACCAGUUCGUAUGAAUUUGUGUAUCAACUUUUACACGAUUUGUUUACACCCCAGUGGCAGAAUGAAUUCAUACAAAUUGGGGAACUUGUAAAAUACAUACGAUUUAACAAAAGUCGUACGAGUUUAAACAAGGUUAUACAAAUAUCCCACUUCUUAAAAUAUGUAAAAAUUGGCAUGAGAUCGGGUUGGAAAUGGCUUUGAAGUGGUCACAAAGAUCACAAGUGUGGGUACUGGAACGAGACCCCCCUUUAAAAAUCAUUAUAAACGAACACACUAGUCAGUCGUCUGUUGGACUAAUUGACAUCCUGGUCCAACCCUAAUCAGGUGGUGUUGAUCACAGUCAUGGUGGAGUUACUGCAGGGGGCUGUGAAUGGACAGCAUUAGAUGGAGUUCGGUCAAGUAGGGAAGAAGUGUUAUAUGUAAAAUGAUGUACAUGGGUCAAAGGCAAAUGUGAAAUCUAAACCAGAGGCAGCAGAACUCCAGUACCUUGUGUUUCUGAAAGACAGCUUACACGUCUUAAUUAAAAUGGUGCACAAGCAAGACUGCAUUAGGCUUUGGUCUUCAAACUGUGGGUUGGUUAGGAUUACCUAAACCAAAGAGCAGAAAAAGUCUGCAGCCUUUACAAAUGAUGGAGUCAGAAGAGUCAUUUCCAAAAGUUCAUUGACAUGUUCAACACAGGUGAAGCUCUGUGCUCUGCCAAAAUCUCGUUUACAUGAAAGCACUUCAAAUGAAAGUUUAUGGGGCAAGGCAUUGCACAGGAACAAAUGCACAAGUAGUUUUUAAAUUAAAACCUCAAGACUUCAUCCAUGUUGACUUGACUACUGUGAUGGAGAAGUAUUUGAUUGUUCUGUUUUAAAACCAUCGUUGUCUUAACCAGCAAUAUAACACUCCUGUCAAGAUCAUGUAACUGGAUAACUUUGUCAGAACAGAAGUUACCAGAGUUAACAUAACUAGAAGUCCACAGUAGUCUGCUAAAAUUACAAAACAUGUCAGCUCAAAAAGUGCUUUAACUAAACACUUCCAUUGGAAGUGCACUGAGGUAAAUGGAAUAUUGUUUUAUACACAGAUGAUUAAAUAUGGAGUCUAUGGUGAUUGACAGAUGUUAGUCGGUGACGUUGGCUCUUGUUCUUCACUACACGAGAUCAGGCUCUAGGUCAUGUACGUUCUAGGUCAUGGGAAAUAAGGCCCGUUAUAUAAACUGAAGUUUGUGUGGUUCUAAUAAUGACCUGCACAAAUGAAAAUUCACAUUUCUUGAGAUCUAUUCUAUUUAAAAACAAAAAUAUUAAAUCACACACACACAAAAAGCGUUUACUAAAUGUACAGAUAUUUUGAUAACAUUUUUGCAUCUUUUUAACUUUUUGAUCUCCUAAUAUUGUACAUACUGUUUAAAAACAAUACUGUUUAAUAUUCUUUCUGUACUACUUCCUUUUAACUUAUAGUUUUAUCUCUCUUUUUUUUUCCUGCAUUUUGUAUAUUUAAUAAAAGUGAAAACUUGAACUAGGUCUUUUAGACAUGCAGCCACAUCACACUAGAACGUCCCUUCUAUAUUAAAGCAUGUCAGAAAUCAGAUGCAGUAGUAGAAUUAUAGGCGUCUGUCUCAUCUCUCUACAUUCCACUUAGAAAAACUGGAUUCAACUGGCAUUUCCCCCUAAAAUCUAUGUAUCUAGGCAUUGAAUGCUUACAGUACUGAAGAAAAAUAAAUUAAAGAUGAUUGUAUGAUUUCUCAGUGUACAAUUAAACUAUUUACACAA